AGAAAAUGGAAUCAGAAAGAUUGGAAAAUUUGUUAUAAGAAAAUUUUAAGAAUUUAUUAAGAAGACUUUAACAUUGUCCAAAAGAUUAUGAAAUUAUAAAAGGAAUGAAAACAAAUAUAAAUGCAGAAAUGAGUGAUUUAUUACAUUGUGUAAAAUGUAUAAAAAUAGUUAUGUUGAAAAAGUUAAGUACGGCAUAAGAAGAAUAAAAUAGUCAUGUUAAAUAAUUAGAAGAUUUAAAAUCAAAAGUAAUAAUAAUUUUAAAAAUUAUAGAUUGCAGGAUAAGAAAAGACAAAGAGUCAAUUAGAAUAAGAAUUAUAAAAAAUUAGAUAGGAGAGAACAGCAAAUAUGAAUAAAAUGAAGGAAGAAAUAGAAAAAUUAAAAUAAGCAAUUGCAGAAGUUAAAGCCAAUAAAUAGAAGAGAUAAGAUUAAUUAGCAAAAGAAAUAUAAACUAAAUAUGAAGCAUUAGAAAAAGAUCAUAAAACUAAAGAAGAUAAAUUAUCUGCUGAACUUUAGGCUUAGAGAGCUCGCUUUAUUAAAAUGAAAGAUGAAAAUACUUAAGAAGAAGCAACUUUAAAGAGACGUAAAUAAGUUUAAGAUUAAUCUUUGUCUGAAGCAAUUUAAUUAUAUGAUUAAAUGAUGGAAGAAUUAAUGAAAAAUUUAACUGAUUUAUAAAAUGAAUGUGCAUCUACUGAAAAAUAAUUGAAAGACCGAUAAGAAUAUUUCAAAGCAGUUGAUUCAGAAAAAGGAAGAGAAAGAUAAUUAGAAGAAGAAUUCAGAAGAUAAAAAGAAUUACACUAAAUAGAAUUAGAAAAAAAAUCAGAGGCAGCUAAACAUAUUUAAGCUUUUUUAUAAUAAGUUAAAAGUAUAUAUUAAAUAUAUAUCUAUAGAACCAUCAAAAAAACCAAAGAAGGCAGCUAAAAAAUGA